UUGAAUGCAUUUCUCUUGAAUCGAAUCAGAGAGAGCGGAGGGCCACUGAUCCAUGAUCGCAAUCUCGCUUGUAUACAGUGAUCCACGAUUGGAUUCGAGUUGUUUCGGGGCGUAAAUGCCUGAAAUCUGAAGAAGAUGGAGUUCGACGAUGACAAUGACACCAAUAACAAUUGCAGUGCGAUGUGGGAGUGGCAAGGAGACGAAUUUAAUCUGCAGAUAGACACUAGAAACGAGUUGUCUCACUUGUUCUGGGACAAAUUAAGUCAAAGUGAAGAUGAUUUGUGGUACACUCCGAUCAAAGAUUGCGCCGAUUUCGGACACUCGUCGCUCUCCGAUCUUAGAGGCGAAGCGGCUACCAAGACAUUGGAGGGCGGUAGGGACUCCCUGCAACCCAAAAGAAGGCGCAUGCUGCAGUUCACUUCUGAUACUAGUGAAUCUCCAAGCGAACAAACGAAGGUGACAGUGAUGGAAGAUGAGGUUGUAGAGAGUUUAGAGUGUACUGCCCAGUGGACUUCAGUCUUCUCUGAAGAUAGUUCUGGGUUGAACUUUGAAGGUCUGGAUCAACCAUCAGAUGGGUGGCUAGUAGAUUGCUUGAAUGACAGUGAGAUUAAGUGCAGCCCUGAUGAGAUGAACACUGUUGUGGCCUUCAAUCAACAAGCUGAUAUUUCUGCUUUUCAUCUGUCUAUAGAGUAUUAUCAAGAUUUGCCUGCAAUGCAGGAGACUCCAGCUCCAAUUAAUCUGGAGGAUUUGAAGGACACACAUGGUAAGAAGUCUGGUAUCAGAAGCCCACGAAAGCUGACCACUUCAGUUGCGUAUCCCUUUGCUCUUAUCAAGCCUUGUGGAGUUCAUGGGGAUCUUACUUUGAGCGACAUAAAUAGACGCAUUCACGCCCCGCCACCCUCAAAGUCGAAGCACGAGAAGACUGAUCUGUAUCCAACAUCGGCUUUUUCCGGGAAACCUGUGGUUGUGAAAACAAAAAUCCGCACCGAAGGCGGACAAGGUAGCAUCACGAUCAUGAGAACCAAAGGCUAGUAACCCGUCGUGCACACACCGCUUCGAUGUUGGAUUGCCGCGUAAGCUCCGGCCAGGUUUUGUAGAAAAGUUUGCUGCUCUUAAGUCUCAUCUAGGUGCUGCAUUUGUCACUUGGAAGAAUUUGGUGAAGUUGGUUGUCCUUUGGGGGCUUAUGCUUCACUCCUUCAGUUGAUAAUUAGUGCUUAUCCUACUCUUUUUGAACCAUGUCUAAUUAAUCAUGAGGAUUUCUUUUUAAUAAA